ACGUCUGGCGAAAAGUUCGCAGUGAGUGUGCGAUCGUCGCCGUCGACGGCUGCUUGCGGCAUUGUUAAAAUCCAUAGUACAGAAUCUGGGACUCGAGUGUAGCCCAGUCGUUAUCAAUAUAGUGAUACAAUUUUGUGAGGUCGGCGACGUAUAUUCUUCAAAUGAUGCAGAGGGUAAAGAAAAGUAACUGGGCCCUGGGUCUGCUGUUAAUUGGCGUCUUUUUCGUCGUCGCCGUCACCGCAGAAUGGAACAGUAACGACUACAUGAAACGAGAACAUUCGCUCAUCAGGCCUUAUCAAGGAUCUGGAAUGACAAUACCGUACUGGGAUUUUAUGGGCAGUACAUUAGUGACAAAUAGUUAUAUAAGAUUAACACCUGAUAUUCAAAGUCAGCAGGGUGCACUAUGGAAUACAGUGCCAUGCAAUGCCAGAAACUGGGAAAUGCAAGUCCACUUCAAAGUAUCUGGUAAAGGAAGAGACUUAUUUGGUGAUGGAAUUGCCAUUUGGUAUACCAAAGAUAGAAUGCAACCAGGACCUGUUUUUGGUAGUAAAGAUUAUUUCCAUGGGUUAGCAGUCAUUCUUGAUACUUACAGUAAUCACAAUGGACCCCACAAUCAUCAACAUCCAUAUAUUUCUGCUAUGGUUAACAAUGGAAGUCUCCAUUAUGAUCAUGAUAGAGAUGGUACUCACACACAACUUGCUGGUUGUGAAGCAAAGUUUAGAAAUUUAAAUCAUGACACUCAUGUUGCAAUUAGAUAUGAAAAAGAUACAUUGACAGUUUCCACUGAUAUAUCAAAUAAAGGUGCUUGGCAAGAAUGUUUCUCUGUUAAAGAGAUUAGAUUACCAACUGGAUAUUAUUUUGGAAUAACUGCCACAACAGGUGAUCUUUCAGAUAAUCAUGAAAUUUUAUCUGUGAGAUUAUUUGAAUUAGAUCUGCCUAAUGAUCCUAAGGAUGAAGAAGAUAGAGCCAAUAUUAUUCCUUCAGCAACAUUUUUUGAAUCUCCUAGAGACCAUGUUGAAGAUCCUAAACCAUCUACACUUAGCGGCGUUAAAAUAUUUUUACUAAUGCUCCUUGGCUCUGUUGCAUUAAUUGCUUGUGUUGUGAUUGGAAUUAUGUUCUAUCAAAAGCACCAGGAAAACAAUCGAAAACGAUUUUAUUAAUUUUGUGUACUACCAGUGUGUUCUCUUUUACAAACUUAUGAACAUUUUCUAAAAAGCCAAUUAAUUGAAUGGUGAAUUAUAGUUCAAAUUUAAGAUCGUAUGUGUCAACAAUUGAGAACGAUAAUUUCAUCAAUUAAAUUAAUUCAAUCUGUGUGAGUGUUUGUGAAGACCUGUGGUUAUAGUACAUAAGGUAUAGAAAUAAGUAAAUCAAUGUAAAUUUUUCAGUCAUAUCUUUUUAUUAACUUUACGAAGAUAUUUUUCAAAUAAUACGUGGAAAAAUGUAUACUCAGAACAAUUAUCAGGAUUGUUCAUUCAAUCUUUUUUUUAUUUUUGAACAAAGAUUUUUUUUAAUACCUAUCACAUUAUAAUUAUUAAUGAAAACUAUUUUUUUUUUACUUUGGGUUGCUUCAUAGUAUAAAUUAUAAGGUAAUUGAAAGACUAACUAGAUUAUAUAUUUGUAUAUAAAUGAACAUUGAAAUGUACAAUAUUUGUAAACUGCAUUAAAUCUGAAUGUGCAAAAACUGCUAGCUGUGCAAUUGCAGUCAUAAGACACCCGAAACAUCAAUGAGAUAACAUGUAAUAAAAGAAUAUGUUUUGAAAU